UCCGACCAGACAUGGGGCCAAAGUGAAACCCUGCAUGCUUUCUUACAGGGAAACUUCACUCACGAGCUCACAUCAUUCAUUCAUUCAAAUGUUCAUUCCAACCCACUCUGUACUUUGACGCUCUUCAGGUACUCUCCGCCUGAUCCCUCUCUCUCCCUCUCGUGCGGGUCACGUUCAUGGGCAACUCACCGCCCUACGCUCCGAAGCCGUUGCUCGCCUCGACGUCCAUUCAUUGAUUGUCCUUCUGCUAUCCCCGUUAUUCUCCGACAGCCUGUCUCCUUAGACCAAACUCUCACACACGCCGCCGCAAGCUGGAUUCACAGAAGACACUUCACCCACCAUGGCCGCCGCACAUAACGCGCCUCUCCUCAAGACGUCAAAGUCGCCGCGGAAUAGCGAGGAUUCCGAUAUACCCGAGGGCUCGAGAUACAGCACAGCAGAGGUCGAAAGCCCCGUGCGGUCACCGGCGAGCGUGGUCAGCGUGUGGACAGAUGGGAAGAAGCCGCGCGGUCGAUGGAGGCACGCCAUAGGCAUCGUGCUGUUGCUUUGUACUGUUUUUCUCUGGACUACCUCCAACUUCCUAGCCAGUACAAUCUUUGCCGACAACUCCUACUCGAAACCUUUCUUCGUUACCUAUGUCAACAGCUCCUUCUUCAUAAUACCGCUUCUUCCUAUGUUUGGCAAGCAUUUUUGGGAUGACCGUCACAACCCCGUUCGACAGCAACCCGUCCUCGCACAGAUCCGCGACCUCCUCCAGCGCCGCGUCGGCCGCUACAAGCUCCUCCGCGAACACGAAUCCUCUUCCUCGUCUCCUACCCCGUUCAAAACAAGUCUAGAUGGCGAAUCCGGCGCUACCUCGAUGCUCCUCGGCGACGAGCUGGGCUCGAGCCAGGAAAUCCACCACGACCUCCCCUCCUCCGAAGGCAUCACCCUCUGGGAAACCCUCAAAAUCAGCCUCGAGUUUUCCCUGCUCUGGUUCGCCGCAAACUACUUCGCCGCCGCCUGCCUCGAAUACACAACCGUCGCAUCCUCCACAAUCCUCGCAUCCACCUCGUCCAUUUGGACCCUCUUCUGCGGCGCACUUCUCCGCGUCGAGCGCUUCACCUUGCGCAAAUUCAUCGGCGUAUGCGCCUCCCUCGCCGGCGUCGCCCUCAUCUCCACCGUCGAUAUCUCGGGCGAAACCGACGAGAACCGCGGCGACUUCCCGCACAAGACCCCGCGCGAACUUGCCAUUGGCGACAUCAUGGCGUUUGUCAGCGCUGUGCUAUACGGCUUCUACGCCGUCUUCAUGAAGAAACGCAUCGGCGACGAAUCCAAAGUCAACAUGCCCCUCUUCUUCGGCUUCGUCGGCGCCUUCAACGUGGUCCUCCUCUGGCCCGUCAUCUUCCUCCUGCACUUGACCUCGGUCGAGAAAUUCGCCAUCCCGCCCACCACCAAGAUCCUCGUCAUCGUCCUCGUCAAUUCCGCGUCGAGCCUCGUCUCCGAUUUCUGCUGGGCCUACAGCAUGCUGCUCACCUCCCCGCUCAUCAUCACUGUCGGUCUCACCCUCACCAUCCCGCUAUCGCUCGUCGGCCAGAUGGUGCUGGAUAAGCAGUACAGCUCGCCGCUUUAUUGGGUCGGGGCUGCAGUCAUGGUGCUGUCGUUUGUGUUUAUCAAUCACGAGGAUAAGAAGGAUGGGGAGGAUGGGGUGUUGGAGGGCGCGGAUCCUCCCGGGUUGGGGGAUGUCAGGAGGAGCUUCCAGAGCUUGACGGGGAGGAGCGAGGUCUGGAGUGUUGGCGAGGGGAGUACGGGGACGAGAUCGGAUGGUGGGGCUAGUUUUGAGGAGAGGAGACGGAGGAGGAGUAGUGUCGUUGGUGGUGGGGAUAGAGACGGGCUUUUGUGA